GUUUCUGUGGAAGAAACAACCACUGGUUAUAGGAAUGAGAUUACCAUAACCAAUGACCAAAAAAGGCUUUCAGCUGAGGAGAUUAUAAGAAUGAUUCAUGAAGCUGAGAAUUAUCAGGUUGAUGAUAGGAAGUUCAUGAAGAAGGCUAAUACAAUGAAUGCUUUGGAUGACUAUGUUUACAAGAUGAGGAAUGCAUUGAAUAAUAAGAAUAUCAGUUCAAAGCUUUGUUUACAAGAAAGGGAGAAAAUCAAAUCUGUAAUUUCGAAGGUGACAGAUUUGCUAGAGGGUGAUAAUCAGCCGUAUGAAAUAGAGGUGUUUGAGGAUCAUCUGAAUGAGCUUGUGAACCUCUUUGAUCGUGUCAUUGGCAAGUUUGCUUAGAUGUUUUUUAAGUUUUUAUUUUUUGCAAUGCUGAGAUCUGUCAUUUUGUUUGUAUUGAAUGCAAACUUUUCUAAUUUAUGAUGUUGUAGUUUAAUAUAUUUGUGCCUGACAUGUUUUAAAUUGUUAUUAUUGUUGACUUUGGCUUUUGUUAUUGUUAUUGAAUUCAUCUUUGGAUCAGUUCACAAGAACAAGCUUUGCUAUGCGUUGUUCAUCUUUCUCUGAAUGGAUCUCAGUCAAUAUUGUUGUGGAAAGAAACAUACGUUCAAUAUUGUUUCUUGUUUGUGCAAUUAUUUGUGGCUAUAUAUAUCAGUGUCCACCAUUUCGGUUAAGCUACCAGGGGCUGGGAGAGCCCUUGAGCUUUGCAGCAUUUGGGCCUUUUGCCACUUGUGCUUUUUAUUUAUUACAUGGCAGUUCAAGUGUGAUGAACCAUUUCCCCUUAAGUGGAACGGUUCUUUCAGCAUCAAUUCUUGUUGGCUUCACAACAUCUCUUAUCUUGUUUUGCAGUCAUUUCCAUCAGGUGGAAGGAGACAGGGAGGUUGGGAAAAUGUCACCUUUGGUUAGACUUGGCACUAAAAAAGGUGCAGAGGUAGUGAAAGGGGCAAUCUUUAUGCUCUAUGCUCUUUUGGUUGCUUUUGGUCUAAUCAAGGCACUUCCUCUCACUUGUAUAUUCCUUUGUGCAUUGACCUUGCCGAUGGGAAACCUAGUAGUUAGAUUUGUCGAAGACAAUUACAAGGCAAGUGAAUUUUUCUUAUAGACUUGUCUGUUGGUGUAUUUCUUAUAGUUUGCUAUUAAACCUAAGUUGUAUUCUCACAUAACAAAAAUAAGAUUUUCAUGGCUAAGUACUUCUGUGUGAGGCUUCAUGCAUUGUUUGGAGUUGCACUGGCUUUAGGACUAGUGCUGGCUCGAAA